AUGGAGCAAAAUGUAACCUUUUUAUGGACGGAUGCUUACAAAGCUGUGAAUGGAUCCAAAGAAUCAAAAAAGAUUUUGACCAACACUAUUCUCAUUUCGUUCGGAAUACCCAUAUGUCUGGAGAAUUUUCUCGCCAUUGUGGUGCUCCUAAAGAGUUCCCGUCUGAUCGACCAAGUCCGAAUUCUCUCCAUUAACCUCGCUAUAACGGAUUGCCUCAGCGGAUUGUUACUGAGUAUUCCGGAUGAUGUUUUCGGAGGUUGUCUUCUGAAGAAGUACUUCACUGCACCUUUCAUCAACGCGAUUCCCAACGUCGACUACACCAGUAAAGCCAUGAGAUUAUUGAUGGCUGUAACGGCCGGUGUGAUGUUUCUGAACAGUGCUAUUAAUCCUGUUCUGUACGUCUGGAGGUUCACUGAAUCCAGAUAUCAGUUGAAGAAGCUCCUGUUCUUCUGGAAUGCAGAAAAACUUAAGAAACUGGAGAGUGAGAGGAACAGUUUUUUUGCUUCUUAUAACAUUAAUUCGAGUGAUUCGAGACAAUGA